AUGGCAAAGAAGAUCUCCAAGCAUUCUCGUGCAGCCCGCCGGGGUGAAAUCAGCGAAACAACGGGUGAAACGAGAGAUCUUGAAAAGGUUCCUCGUCUGGAAAAAACCGACACUAUAGGGCCAAUGAUUCGUGCAUCUGCAUCUAGAAAUGAAGACUUAUUGCGCCAGAAAAUGGAAAAAAGAGCUUCAAAGUCCAGUAAGAGUAAGUCUGCUAUCUCCAAAGCGGUCAAGACUAGAAGGAAAAAAGCUCUGGUUAUUGACGGAAGGCUUGGAUCUAAAAUUGAGGCCAGCAUCAACAGAGCAAAAGAAAUUCAAUCCAUGAGAAAAGCUAAUUGGGAUACCAUAAAUAAGCAAGCCAAAGAAGCGGUGAAAAGUAGGUUAUUAUACAAUGACGACAAAGGCCAAACUCAAGAGCACAAGGACGCCAUGGAAGAUGUCAGUGACUGGGAAGAUAUGGAUGAAGAAGAAGAAUCAAACGAUCCCGUGCCCUCUAAUAGAUUUGCGCUAUUGGAAGAAGUGGAAGCAUAA